GCAAGAAAAAAUAGGACCUAUGCAGUACUGGUUGCCACUAAAUGCUACAGAAUGAGUACAUAAUUAACAAGCUUGCAAAUCUGCAGCUAUCCUGAGCCCUCAACUUAACUAGCUCCCAGUUACAACCUCGACGUCCGGUAUCUAUUUCAUCCCAUAAGAAACAAUAGUAUGCGAUUCACGAUCGUUUUCUUCUGCCGGCCAAACCAACCAACGCCGCAAGAAGCUAAACCCCAAACUUAACCCAACUAGAUAGAUAGAUCCCAUAGCCACACAACGAAUCAACCACUCUCUCAUAGCACAUUAAUUUGUCUACUCCAGACGUCCCCCCUCCCUAGUUCACUUUUUAGUCAUGCAAUUCUGGUCGGAAUCCGAUUCCGGAAGCAGCGGACCUUGGAGCGUGGUGAUCACGCUCUCCCUCGCUGUCCUUUGGUACGCGUGGCUCUACUUCAAGAGUUCAGACUCUAACUCGCCGCUGCCGCCGGGUCCACUCCCUCUUCCAUUAGUCGGGAACCUUCUCUCUCUGGACCCGGAGCUCCACUCCUACUUCGCGGGCCUGGCCCACACCUACGGCCCAAUCUACAAGCUCCGCCUCGGCACCAAGCUCUGCAUCGUCGUCACCUCCCCCUCCGUCGCCCGCGAGGUCCUCAAGGACCAUGACGUCACCUUCGCCAACCGCGACGUCCCCGCCGCCGGCCGGGCCGCCUCCUACGGAGGAUCAGACAUCGUGUGGACCCCCUACGGCCCGGAGUGGCGGAUGCUGCGGAAGGUCUGCGUGCUCAAGAUGCUCAGCAACACCACGCUCGACUCGGUCCACGAGCUGCGGCGGAACCAGGUCCGGCGAACGGUCGGGUUCUUCUACGGUCGGGUGGGGUCGCCGGUGGACGUGGGCGAGCAGAUGUUCCUGACGGUGAUGAACGUGAUCACGAACAUGCUGUGGGGCCGGACGGUGCAGGACGAUGGGUCCGGGCUCGGGGCGGAGUUCCGGCAAGUGGUGGGGGAGAUGACGGAGCUGCUGGCGAAGCCGAACGUUUCGGACUUUUAUCCGGGUUUGGCCCGGUUUGACUUGCAAGGCGUGUUCAAGCAGAUGGAGGGCUUAGGGAAGAGGUUCGACGCGAUAUUCGAGAGAGUGAUAGAUCAACGGCUGAGGAUGGAGAGGGAAGGCGCGAAGGAGGAGGGGAGUAAAGAUUUUUUGACUUUUUUACUGCGGUUAAAAGAGGAGGGAGAUUCCAAGACGCCGUUUACUAUGACCCACCUCAAAGCCUUGCUUAUGGAUAUGGUUGUGGGCGGGACGGACACAUCCUCCAACACAAUUGAAUUUGCAAUGUCGGAAGUUAUGAACAAACCAGAAGUGUUACAAAAAGUCCAGCAAGAAUUAGAAGCUGUAGUUGGCAAAAACUGCAUUGUAGAAGAGUCUCACAUUCACAAGCUACCGUACUUAUAUGCAGUGAUGAAAGAAACACUGCGCUUGCACCCAGUUCUGCCUCUAUUAGUCCCACAUUGCCCAAGUGAGACAUGCACUGUGGGAGGCUAUACCAUUCCAAAGGGGUCUAGGAUUUUUGUUAAUGUUUGGGCUAUACAUAGAGACCCUUCUAGUUGGGAAAACCCAUUGGAGUUUGAUCCAGCUAGAUUCUUGGAUAGUAAAUGGGAUUACAGUGGGAGUGACUUCAAGUAUUUUCCUUUUGGGUCUGGGAGAAGAAUAUGUGCAGGGAUAGCAAUGGCUGAGAGGAUGGUGAUGCAUUCUCUUGCUACACUGCUGCAUUCUUUUGAUUGGAAACUGCCACAGGGAGAGAAGUUGGAUCUUUCGGAGAAGUUUGGUAUUGUAUUGAAGAAGAAGAUACCUUUGGUUGCCAUCCCAACUCCAAGGUUGUCAGAUCCAGCACUCUAUGAGUAGCCGACAAGGGUUUGAGAAUUUCUUCUCAUUCGGCGGCGCUCAAGGCCGGUGCUGGUUCGCCUCGCCGCUAAUGGGCUGUUACCGGACGGGUGAUUGAAUGCUAUGUGCUCGAGGAGUUCCAGAGAGAGGUUUUGACUCGAUGACAAGUUCUAGGUGAGAUCUCUAGGUGUUUGGUGCUCUGUGCAGAGACGGGCGCAUCGGCGUGGGGUUUUGCUGAACUCGCGGUGGAAGAUCUAGCGGGAGGUGUGUGGUGAUUGCUUUCUCCAAGUUUGGCGAGCUUAGUGGGAUGCUGGGUUUGGUGCCGAAUCCUCCUAUUACGGUGUGGAGACUGCGCGGCAGGGCGCGACGGACUGGAGGCAUGGAUGGUGGUGGAGGGAUCUGGCAGAGCUGCCCGGAAAACUGUUCACUGUGGAGAUGGCGGCUGGGCUUGUCUCAGCCAUUCCAGUUGGCCAUGCGUUGGGUCUUUCUUUUGGGAUUGCCCUUUUGGGCUUGGUUAAUUGGACUGGGGUGCUUUUUCCUAGACCCAUUCUUAUGUUUUUAGUUUUUCUAAUUACAAUAAUUUCCUUGUUUUAGGAAGUUAAGCACUGAUGUGCACUCUAUGUCUCUCUAGCGCCUCUAGAGUAGUACCAAAGGAGGGUCUCCGCUACCUCUACGUAUUUGAAUGUAUAAUGAGUAUGUCUAUUUUUAUGUACCAUUUGUGGGUAUUACCACUAUCUUCUUGUC